GCCCAAAGAGGUACCAUAGGUGACCAGACAUCCCAUGGCCAAUUAGUAAGUUAAUUCAUACUCCAGAUUACCGGUCCGGCUUCCUGACCCUUAUUUUGCUGAGACGUCUGGUCACUUACCUAGGAGAACAACAGUUUAGGGCUCCGAAAAUCCCUCUCCUGCCCGGAAGUUGCAUUUGGCACUUCCGAAUGGGGUCACGGAGGAAGGAUUGGAAUAGCCUCCGCCGCCCGCGCCCCAGGGGGUGCCCAUUCUUGACCGGAGUUGCCAAGUGAGUUCCUUCUGUAGGCUUGAGUCAAGAACUCUCAGUCACCUUGGUAAUACCGGGUUGGAUGCUAAAGCUGCGGGGAAAAAAACCAGAACUUUCAGGAAAAUCUUAACUGUAUCCAGUAAUUAAGAUAUGGCGGAAGUGAAGUCAAUGUUCCGGGAAGUUCUUCCAAAACAAGGGCAAUUGUCUGUGGAAGAUGUAACCACAAUGGUCCUGUGUAAACCUAAACUUUUACCCUUAAAAUCUCUGACUCUGGAAAAACUGGAGAAAAUGCAACAAGCAGCACAGGAUACAAUUCGCCAACAAGAAAUGGCAGAAAAGGAACAACAACAAAUAACCCACUGACUGAUAACUUAGCACUUUAGGGAACAACAUACCUUAUCUACUAUUUAUCAAUAACUAGAAAACCUCCAUGUGUAUGCUGAAAGUAGUAUUUGUAAAUAAAACUGAUUCUAUUCAUGUAGGCUGGA